AUGACCGACACUCCCCUCCGCCCGCGAGGCGACCUCCCCUCCGAAAUCUCUCCUAUCGUAAUGGGCGGAGCAGCAUGGAGCCACCAAAUCAACGCCGACGCCGAGACCCGGCCAGUGAUCCCCGUGAUCCUCAGCGCCUUUUCUCACGGUAUACGCACAAUCGACACAUCACCCUACUACGAGCCCUCUGAAAAGAUUCUGGGCAAGGCUCUUUCUGAUGCGGCAAUCAGUGCGAAGUACUCGCGAGAGGAUUACUUUUUGAUGACCAAAGUGGGCAGGAUAGCUUCCGAAGAAUUCAACUAUUCGCCACAAUGGGUGAGGCAAUCAGUAGAGAGGAGUUUACAGCGUUUUCAGACGACGUAUUUGGAUGUGGUGUUUUGCCACGACGUCGAGUUUGUUUCUGACAAUGCUGUUGUGGCUGCAGUGGCUGCGCUUUGGGAAUUCGUGGAGCAGGGUAAAGUCAGGUAUGUGGGUAUUUCUGGAUAUCCUAUUGAGAAGUUGGUCAGGGUGGCGAAGUUGUGCAAGGAAAAACUGGGAAGACCAUUGGAUAUUGUGCAGAACUGGGGCCAGUUGACACUGCAGAAUACGAAGCUCAGGGAUCAGGGCCUGGAGGAAUUGGGCAAGGCAGGGGUUAAAGUGGUGUGUAGUAGCAGUCCGUUGAACAUUGGAUUGUUGAGAGCUCAGGGUGUGCCUAUUGGAUCUCUGGGGGACUGGCACCCAGCCCCAUCUGCUCUGCGACAAGCAACCGCCAACGCAGCAAUCCUUGUCGCCUCCCACAACGACGACUUAGCAUCCCUAGCUCUCCGCUUCGCUGUCCGCGAAACCGCUCGUCGCGAUCCUGGUCUGCCUGCCAUGGCAUUGAUCAUGGGACCCGGCAGUGUUGCAGAAGUGGAGUCCUGCGCUGCUGCUGCAAACAGCGUCAAGGAUGUCAGCGUCAAAGGCAAGUAUGGGGAUCUGAGGGAUGAUAUUGUGGUUGAUGAGGAAGGAGUUAAAAAGGAUCAGGGGUUGGUGGACGGGGUGAGGAGGAUUUUGGGAGACUGGGUUGAUUACUCAUUUGGGAGUCCACCUGAGGGGUGGGAUGUCGAGGCUGGGAGGAUGGGGGAGGUGUAG